AUGCCCGCCCUGGACCUCGAGGACCACUCGCCGCACCACCCCUCCCCCGCCCAACCGGUACCUACAGCUUCGAAUCUGGUCCUAAUCGACAACUACGAUUCAUUCACCUGGAAUGUCUACCAAUACCUAGUGCUAGAGGGCGCCACGGUAACAGUGUACCGCAACGAUGAGAUCACCCUGGACCAGCUCAUCGACAAGAAGCCGACGCAGCUGGUCAUUAGCCCCGGGCCCGGACACCCAGAGACAGACGCGGGUAUAAGCAGGGAUGCCAUCAGACAUUUCAGCGGAAAGAUACCUGUGUUGGGCGUGUGUAUGGGAGAACAGUGCAUCUACGCCGUCUUCGGUGGCCGCGUAGACGUCACCGGCGAGAUCCUACACGGCAAGACCUCUCCGCUGCGCCACGAUGGGAAGGGAGUGUACGUCGGUAUACCGCAAGACAUACCGGUAACGCGGUACCACUCCCUGGCCGGCACCCACCCGACCCUGCCUGAGUGCUUGGAGGUGUCUUCUUGGAUAGCGACGGGUCCGGAUGGAGGCAAAGGUGUGAUCAUGGGCGUGCGCCACAAAGAGCUCCUGGUUGAAGGCGUGCAGUUCCACCCAGAGAGCAUUCUUACUCAGGAAGGCCGGACGAUGCUCAAGAACUUCCUGCGGAUGCAGGGCGGGACUUGGGUGGAGAAUGAGAGGCUAUCGAAGGAGGCCCAGAGCAGACCAAAUGGAACCAACGGAGCUGGUAGUGCGGAUUCGUACACCAACGGCACAUCAGAUCCAGGAAAGAAGCCCUCAAUCCUCGAGAAAAUCUACAACCACCGCAGGGCAGCCGUAGCCGCGCAAAAAGAAAUCCCCUCCCAACGCCCCAUAGACCUACAAGCAGCCUACGAUCUCGACCUCGCCCCGCCCCAAAUCAACUUCGCAGACCGCCUGAGGCAAUCGCCCUUCCGGCUUUCCCUAAUGGCCGAAAUCAAGCGCGCCUCGCCCUCCAAAGGCAUUAUUUCUCUAUCAACUUGCGCCCCUGCUCAAGCUCGCACGUACGCCCUCGCGGGCGCCAGCGUGAUCUCCGUCUUGACGGAACCUGAAUGGUUCAAGGGCAGCCUGGACGACCUAAAACUAGUCCGCCAGAGCCUAGACGGCAUGCCCAACCGGCCCGCGAUCCUCCGCAAAGAGUUUAUCUUCGACGAAUACCAGAUCCUCGAAGCGCGGCUCGCGGGCGCCGACACUGUUCUCCUGAUCGUCAAGAUGCUAGACGAAGCCACGCUCAAGCGGCUUUACCUGUACUCCCAAUCCCUCGGCAUGGAGCCACUAGUCGAGGUAAAUACGCCAGAGGAGAUGCGUAUUGCAGUCGACCUUGGGUCCAAGGUGAUAGGGGUCAAUAACCGCAAUCUUGCCAACUUUGAAGUGGACCUAGAGACCACGAGCCGACUGAUGGACAUCGUUCCUGAGGAGACGAUCGUGUGCGCUUUGAGCGGCAUCGCUGGAUCUAAAGAUGUGGAACCGUACGAGAAAAAUGGUGUCGGCGCUGUGCUUGUGGGCGAAGCCUUGAUGCGAGCUUCGAACACUACCCGGUUCAUCUCGCAACUCCUAGGACGGAAAAACCAGCCGCCAGAUUCCGGCAAGAGGAGCCGGCUGGCAGUUAAGAUCUGCGGCACUCGGAGCGCCGAGGCAGCAAAGGCCGCUAUUGAAGCAGGCGCAGACCUCAUUGGUAUGAUUCUAGUGAAGGGCAGGAAACGUUGUGUAUCAGAAGAAACAGCGCUACAGAUAUCUCUGACCGUACACUCAACCUCGAAACCCUACCAACCCCCCCAACUACGCACCAUCGCUCCCUCAAGCGAAGCAACAAGCUACUUCUCCCACACCUCCACCCACCACCUCUACCACCCCACCCGCGCGCUCCUUGUAGGCGUCUUCCAGAACCAGCCCCUCGACUAUAUCCUCUCGCAGCAGCGUCUCCUCGACCUCGACAUCAUCCAAUUCCACGGCUCAGAACCGCUCGAAUGGGCAAAGCUCGUCCCCGUCCCCGUGAUCCGCAGCUUCAAGCCUGGGGAAUCCGGCCUGGCGCUGACGGGAUAUCACGCAAUGCCCUUGCUAGAUUCCGGCGCCGGUGGGACGGGUCAGAAGCUCGAUCUUAGCGAGGUCAGGGCAGCGCUGGCGGGGGAUGAGGGGCUGAGAGUGUUUUUGGCUGGGGGGCUGAGUCCGGACAAUGUGCAGGCGGUUGUUCGAGAGCUUGGGGAUCUUAGCGACAGAGUGGCUGGGGUCGACGUGAGUAGUGGCGUCGAAGAAGAUGGGCAACAGAGCAUUGAGAGGAUUCGGGAGUUCAUCGCAGCUGCGAAGGGGGCACUGCCCGAUAGUUGA